ACGACAGAGCAGUAUGUGUUGAUCACGGGCGCUGACAGCUCGUCUCUGAGAUCCUCAUAGUAACUUGUUCUAUAGUUUUUUCAACAAUGAAAGGACAGAGCAAAAGAUUCGUAAAUCACAAAGGGAAAGCGUACGACAUGGGAAUCAAGGGAAAUGUCGAAAUAAACGAAGACGUCGGCUUCUUCGAUCUGUGGAGAUAUUCAACGUUCGUGGAAAAACUAGCUACAGCACUCGGUGCGGCGCUCGGCUUCAUCUGUUCCGGAGGACUGGUGCUGGCUGUGCUCAUAUACGGAGAAAUAACAGCACUCUUCAUACAGCGACACAACGCAAGAGAUACCAGAGGGGAUGCGAACAUAUUGGAGAUAUUUGGAGGAGGAACAAGACUGGACGCCGGUAAUAGAACGAGCCACAUGGACGCGCUCGUGGAUGAUUCAGUGGCGUUCGCUGUGGCGAGUGUAGCGAUCAUGAUAUGCCAGCUGGUGGCUGCAGCUGUAGCAGUAACCCUCGCCAACUGGGCAGCUGGGAGAAUGAUAACGCGAUUAAGAUGGAAGCUACUGCGAUCGGUCCUGAGUCAAGAAAUUGCUUUCUUUGAUACAAACACCACAAUGAACUUCGCAUCAGCCCUAACGGAAGACACGGAAAAACUGAAGAUGGGUGUUGGAGAACACGUGGCCAUGGCAUCUUAUUUGGGCGGAAGUAUAGUGAUGUGUUGCUCGGUCGCAUUGGCCGAAGGUUGGCAGCUCACGUUGGCUGGGCUGGCUGUGGUCCCUGUGUCGUUGCUAAUGGCCGCCGCUGUUGCCAAAAACUUGACCCGCUGGUCUGCUGAAGAAGUGACCGCGUAUGGUACCGCUGGGCGUGUCGUAGAGCAGGCGCUGUCUGCUAUCAGGACCGUGAGAGCUUAUUCUGGAGAGCACGUGGAAGUGGGGAAAUACUCAGAAGCGCUAACAGCUGCAAGUUCUGCAGCCCGGAAACGCUGCGUGUGGUCGGGAGCUGGCGCAGGAGUUGGAUGGCUGUUGACCUACGCGCUAAACGCGAUCGUGUUCGCUUACGGAGCAGCUCUGAUCGUCAGGGACAGGGACGGCGGCGAUUAUCAUCCAGGAGUUAUGGUCUCAAUACUCUUCCUCUCAUUCAUGGCGGCACAGAACAUAGCGAUGUGUAAUCCACACCUGGAAAUCUUCUCCACAGCGAGAGGAGCAGCGAAGAUCCUGUUUAAACUGCUGGAGAGGAAAUCCAGGAUAAAUGCCUUAGACGGCGGCGGGGUUCAGCCGGACGGAUUUAAAGGAAAUAUAGUGUUUGAUAACCUAUACUUCAACUAUCCAUCACGACCUGAUGUGAAGGUUCUUCGAGGUUUAACACUGAAGGUGACAGCUGGAGAAACAGUGGCGCUGGUCGGUGGCUCUGGAUGUGGGAAGUCCACCUUACUGCAGCUGUUACAGCGGUGUUACGAACCAGACAGCGGGAACAUCCUCGUGGACGGACAUAAGCUGGACAGCCUUCACCUUCACCACUUCCGAAAAAGCAUUGGUGUGGUCGGCCAGGAGCCGGUUCUCUUCAGCGGCACUAUUCGCGACAACAUCACACUUGGAGUUGAGGGAGCGACCGAAGCUGACGUCAUCGAAGCUGCAAAAACUGCGCAUGCGCAUCAGUUUAUAGUGAAGCUUGCUAAUGGUUACGACACGUUUUUGGGUGAGAAGGGAGCGCAACUAUCCGGUGGCCAGAAGCAGAGGGUCGCUAUAGCCAGAGCUCUUCUUCGUAAGCCAGCUGUAUUGCUUCUGGAUGAACCUACUUCUGCGUUGGACCCAGCUUCAGAGAGACAGGUCCAAGCAGCCUUAGAUGCGGCUAGCGAAGGCAGAACAACCCUCGUCGUGUCGCACAGGUUAUCAACAAUAGAGAAAGCGUCUCGCAUCGUGUACGUGGAGCAGGGAGCUGUUCUGGAACAAGGGACACACGAAGAACUCGUGGAGAAGAAGGGAGCUUACUGGCGUUUGCUGCAAGAAGAUUUGACGCACAAGAAUAUCGAAAAUGUAUUAGCAGAGUCUCAAGAUGACGACGAGGUGGUGGAGAGGCAGACUAAUUUUAACAGAGUCCAUCGAACGAGUAGCGUGAUCUCUACACAAAAAGGCAACUUUGUGAGAGACAGCUUCGUGCGCGGCAGUCGCCGUCUCGGUCCGAUCUCCUCGACUGUUCCAACGACUCCAGCUGUCUCUGACGAUGAAGAAGAUGAAACGGAAACGCCAGUAUCCACAUGGCGGCUCCUGGCACUGAACGCUCGCGAGUGGCGCUACCUGGCGGGCGGAUGUGUAGCCUCCCUGGUGAUCGGAGCCACGAUGCCGGUGUUCGCAUUCCUCUUCUCGAAACUGUAUCGGAUGUUCUCGUGGCCUGAUCCUGAUCAAAUCUUAGAGUACUCUCAGUUCUACGCCGCUAUGUUCGCUUGCGCUGCCAUCGUCAGCGGGAUUGUGACGUUCUUGCAGACGUUUUUGUUCGGGGUCGCAGGAGCAAAACUAACGGACAGACUGAGGACCACGACCUUCAGCAAUUACUUAGUACAAGAACAAGGCUGGUUCGACUUACCAAACAAUUCGGUUGGCUCGCUGUGCGCUCGGCUGGCUACUGACUGCGCGGCUGUUCAGGGUGCGACCGGCACUAGAUUGGGCACUAUGCUGCAAGGCAUCAGUACUAUGGUGCUGGGAGUGGCGCUGGCUAUGGCGUAUUCAUGGAAGAUGACCAUAGUCAGUCUCCUCAGCGUUCCUUGUGUUAUUGGCGCCAUCUGUCUUGAAGGCUGGAUAACGAAGAAGUGUGAGGUUAAGGAACGGAAAGCGCUCGAAGCGGCCUCCCGCCUCGCCACCGAAGCUGUCAUCAAUGUCCGGACGGUACAUAGUCUAGGCGUAGAGAACACAAUUCUCGCGCGUUACUCCAGCCUCCUGUCAGCGGCGGCACAGACCAGCACAGCGUACGUGCGCGGGCCCGUGUAUGGACUGUGUCUGUGCGCGCCCACCCUGGGAUACGCCGUGUCUCUAGCGUACGGAGGAUACUUGAUAGCCAGAGAGGACUUAGAAUAUGAUUAUGCUAUACUAGUAUCUGAAGCGUUAAUCUACGGAGCGUGGAUGCUGGCGGAAGCCUUAUCGUUUGCACCCAACUUCACAGCUGCUAAGCGUUCCGGAGCCAGGAUCAUAAGGGCCCUGGAUAGAAGGCCAAAGGUCGUCACUGAGGAUACGGCCCGCGAUGACGACUGGACAGCGAGUGGCAGUUUGAGCUUCUCCAACGUCCACUUCCAUUACCCCACUCGGGCCAACGUGCCGGUCUUGAGAGGACUGUCCCUGGAGUUGACUGCGGGGCGCACGCUCGCUCUGGUCGGUCCUUCGGGAUGUGGAAAGUCCACUGUAAUGCAUCUGUUACUGAGAAACUACGACCCUGUCAGUGGGGAGGUGACUUUGGACAACCGAAACAUCAAAACUUCUUUGACGCUAAGUAAAUUGCGAGCUCAAAUGGGUCUGGUGCAGCAAGAACCCGUGAUGUUCGAGAGGUCCAUCAGGGAGAACAUCGCUUACGGCGAUAACACGAGGGAAGUCUCCAACGAGGAAGUCAUCCGCGCAGCUCAGAUGGCGAACGUGCACUCGUUCGUCGCGGGCUUGCCGCUGGGAUACGACACAGUCCUGGAGGCGGGCAGCGCGGCUCUCUCUGGCGGACAGAAGCAGCGGGUCGCCAUCGCGCGCGCACUCCUCAGGAACCCGAGGGUCCUGUUACUGGAUGAGGCGACGUCCGCUCUGGACGCGGCUGGAGAAAAGAUAGUACAAGCGGCGCUGGAGACAGCGUCCAAGGACCGCACCACCGUGAUCAUCGCUCACCGCCUGGCUACCGUCCGACAUGCCGACGUCAUAUGCGUCCUCGACAGAGGUGUAAUCGCUGAAAGCGGUUCACACGAGGAACUAGUGAACAAGCGAGGGCUGUACUGGGAGUUACUACAACAACAAGGACAGACUGGAAACGCGUGACGAUCAGUCAGACAGUUUCCUAAAAUAGAAUCAAGUUAACUGAUACAUGGGGCUGUGAUCUUGGAAUGUGAAGUCGGGAGACAUGCUCUCCUGUAGCGUAUUAACAGGGUUGCCUAUAGUGAGAAAUAGGUCUUUGAAAUGUCACAAUGACACCUAGCCAAAAGAGAAUUAGGAUUUUAAACAGGCAACCCUGGACUAGUUGUAGAGUAUUUGAUAAAGCUAUUGUGGUGGGCUAUGUCGAGUAUAUCAGAGGGGAUUCCCUGACAGAAUAUCUCCUUUGAGUCAAUGUAGCUACAUAUAACCAUUAAAAUGUUGGCGGAGCUGUCACAGAGCUCACGCUGUAAGCUUUAAACUUCUCAUAUAUAUAUUUUAUUCCUUAUUUUAAAUAAUGAUAAUGAAUACUAUAACCACAGUGUCAUAUACUGAACGUAGUUUAAGUUAUAAAUAAAUUAAUAUUAUAUGAUUGUGAUAAAAACUUAACUGUCGCGUCCCUAAGUUAAUGUGUGAUGUGUUUGAGAAUAUUGUUUUAUGUAUUUAAUGGUGUGUCAGGUUGUAGUGAGAGAACCCGCCACGCACGGGAACGGCGUCGUGGGUUGAGCAUAUCAUUUGUUAUAUUAAGGAAACGCCUAACAUGAGAAAAAAAUGUCUACUAUUCUUAUAAAGAGGCUGUCACAGACAUGACGUUGAGAUAAAUUGAAAUUGCUAAAGACAAAAAAAAAUCUAUUAAUAAAUUUAAUGUUGCAUGAAAUAAA